UCUAUAAUGCAUAUGAUAGAAAUAUAUAACAUAAUAUUAAAAGUUUCAUAUAAAAUAUUACACAAUCCAAAUGAAAUAUCUACUAUAGUAGCACUAAAGUAAACAUUGGCAACUUAUAUGGUUAAAAUGUCAAAUUCUGAAGUUUGGUUUGUAAAGCAGUCCAAAAAAGCGCGCAUUUCAAUCGUAAGUGCUGCCAUCUAUGUUAACUAUAUAACAAUUUUAUUAAACUGUUUUACUGACAAUAAAGUUAUCCAAAUUAUUGUCCUUAUUAUUUAAAUGUCUAUGUUAUUUGCCAAUAGAUCUAAAUUAAAUUCCUUUACAUAAUUAUCGAAAAAUAUUUUAAUUUUUUUACAUAUUUAGACAUAUAAAAACUACGAGAUAACUACCUAAUUAAUGAAUUAACCCAAAUAAAGUAAUUUUUGUAUAACUUCCGGUCAACAAUUUGAAAAUAAAGAAAAAUUUGAACUUCAUUUCAUGUCAGUUACAAGUUCUGGAAUUUUGCGUUAAUUUAUUAUCUAACACGUAUAUUCCCUGUAUACAAAUGAGCGCUGAUAUGUACGAUUCUCACUCUACGGAUCAACUAACGAGAGAACGAGGCAUUUGUAUAGAGAGGGACUGUGACGUGAGAAACUACUUCAUGGCACUGAAACAGUGUCAGAAACGAAUCGCAGCUAAACCAUACACGGCAGAGACUUGUCACCAAGAAACGGUGGAUUUGAUUGAAUCCAUUGAUCGUUGUGUCGCUGAUAAGGCGUUUGUCAAGUUCGCCUGUCAAGUCAAGUCAGUUAUUCUUCGGGUUGGAGCUGGGGAAUGAAUUUCCAAUAUAUUUUUUAUUAUUG